AUGGUACUUGAAGAAACGGGCGCCGAAGUGUUCCGCGCGGUUGUCGUGCUCUGGAGUCUCGUCACGCUUGAUACCAAACUCGUCGCGUUCGGGAAUGGGAAAGGUGUUGCCGGAGAAGGUAGAGAACUAGGCGUUGGUACGAAACCAUUGGGUGAGGAUGAGACGUCCGCCACCGCGCCACUGCUGGGAGCGGCCGAGGUGCCAUUGGACAGGCUGGGAAGAACGCUCGCAGUCAGGGAUGCCGGUACCGAGGCUGUCGUGGUGUUGAGGAGGUCAGGAGGAUAUGACGAGUUCGCCGGUGCUGACGACAGUGGUGUACCAGUUGGUAACGCCGGCAUUGUCACCACGGUUGAGUUGGAAGGUGACGCUGGCGCAGUCGGUAUGGUCACCGUCCCUGUGAUUACAGUCGUUGUAUCAUUCGAGGUGGGAAAAACAGGCGACGAGGAGAACGUUACAGGUUCGGAAGCCACGUUGGUACUGCUGGUUGCAUUCAUUGUCUGUUGCACUCUUGAGCUUGAGUCUAUGAAAGAAGACGGCGAGCCACUGGGGAUGCCCGAUGUGGCUAAUGAGGAACUCUCAUCGGCCGAGCCAGGCUGCAGGGUCGGACUAUCCGUAGUAUUGCGCGAGCCGGAUGACUGGCUCGUGGUGAUGGUGGCGUUUGUUGAGGGAAAUGGAGCAGCACCUGUCGUCGAGGGGCUGACCAUGCUGUUCGUGCCAUUGGUGCUGGAGCUCACGCCAGUUGUAGUUGUGCCACUCGCGACAGAACCGCUAACAAGCGUCGCCGACGAUGAAGGCCUCGUUGUGGAGGCAAUACCUGGCAUCAACGGCUGGCUGGGCGCUGUUUCAUUGCCGGUUGUUGGGGGAGUUCCAAUAGCGGAGGACGAACCCGAAACAACCGAUGAAAGGGUGGCGCCUUGA